AUGGCGCCUCCUCUUGCCGGCCAACCGCCCAGGCCAAAUACUGCUGUCCAAUACCCCGUUUUCAACCCGGAGCUCCCAAAGCUACAGUUCUCUCCGUCACCACUAUAUACAAAAGGCUGGAGCAACCUCCUACGCCACUAUCCAGGCGAUCUCGCGUCUACUAUCACUGGCAUCCUGACCUACGGCGUCCAGAUCGGCUACAAGGGCAAGAAGCAGUGUUGUCAUUCCUCCAACCAUCACAUACACGAACCCGAUAUGAUCUCGGCCAAACUAGCGGAGGAUCUCAACUUCGGUCGCAUUAGAUUGGCAUCUAGGCCCUCCUUCCCCGUCUCGCCGCUCGGGUUAGUCCCUAAGCAUGAUGGAGGAUGGCGCCGCAUCCAUGAUCUAUCCUGGCCCCCUAGACAGGGCCUUAAACAGGGCAUACCGGACUCUUGGUCAGUCAUUGAAUACAUGACAAUCGAUGAUAUCUACGAGCAGGUCACACAAGCUGGGCUAGGUUGCACAAUCAUUAAGAGGGACAUUAAGGACGCCUUCCGAAUAAUCCCUGUUGCUGAGGACAACCAGCACCUCUUUUCCUUCCAGUGGAACCAUUCCACUUAUGUCGAAUGCUGCCUCCCCUUUGGCCUCGCUACGGCCCCAUUUCUCUUUAACCUCUUCGCCGAGGCUCUCCAUUGGAUACUCCAAUGCCUCCUCCCUGUAUUCUAUAUCAAUCAUUACCUGGAAGACUUCAUCGCAAUUACUCGGUCUCCCCCAGUGUCCGACCCUACGGGUCCCUUUGACGAGGUUUACAACGAGGUCAAGGACUACCUGCGUAUCCCCCGCAAUACCAACAAGGACCAGCAGGGACUUGCGUUACGGUCUUGGGUAUCCAGAUCGACUCUAUUGCAAUGGAAGCUCGCCUGUCACCAGAUAAGUUGUGCCGCGCCACAUUGGACGCCGCAUCUGCCCUAA